AUGACUUCUCGUCUUGAUAGAUUACUCAAUCUGUUGGACAGUGGUUCACCUGCUGUUCGAUCCGCGGCUGCUAAACAAAUAGCAGAAGCAACAAAAUUUCAUCAAGCCGAAAUACCUUCUGUAUUGAGCAAAAUUAGUGUUUUACUAGGAUCAAGUUCUUGGGAAACACGUUCUGCUGCUGGUGAAGCAAUCAAUGCUAUUGCACAAAAUGUUCCUCUCUACAGACCAGAACAAGCAAAUAUUAAAAAGGAAGAAUUAACACAAGAACAACAAGUACGAAAUUAUGAAAAAUUACAAGAAGACUACCAGACACAACAAGAGAAAUUCCGUUUUGCCAACUUUAAUAUUAGGCAUGUAGUAAAGAAUGGAAUACCAUUAUAUGGUUCAAAUCUUGCAGUGCCCGAUGAGGAACAACAAAUUAAACACCUCAAACCUAAAGACAAAUUAGCAUUUCACAAACGUCAAAUUUAUGGGCGUCUAGGAUAUUUAUCAUUUGAAGAAAAACAAUCCUUGUUGCUUUGUGCAACUGAGAAGGAACCUGUAAACAAUCAUGAAGCUGAAGAAGUAAACAGUCAACCCCUAAGUGCAAAAGAAAGAAGAGAAAAAUUCAUGCAAAAACAAAAUAAGAAACAAAAUAAUCAGUCUAUUGAUGAACAAAUCGAGGAAGAUCAAAGACAAGCUAAGAAAAUGAAAACAGUCAUUACAGAACAACCACAAUCUGAAAACAAAAUAGUGAUUGAAAGUGCUGUAGAUACAUCUGAUAUGUUUGAACAUGAAAGAUGGCCAUUCCAAAUUUUAACUGAACGUCUCCUAGUUGAUUUGUUCAAUUCAUCUUGGACAAUAAGACAUGGUGCAGCUAUUGCAAUUAGAGAAAUUCUUAAAGUACCAGAACAACUUCAAUCUGCUGGUAAAUCAAUAUUCACUCAAAAUUUACAAUAUGCAAAUGAAUUGUGGUUAGAAGAUUGCUGUGUUAGAGUUUUGUGUUUAUUUGCACUUGACAAAUUUACAGAUUAUUUAUCGGAUUUACCAAUAUCUCCAAUUACUGAAACAGGAGCUCAAAUUCUAGGUUUAAUUUUCAAAUAUCUUAAUAGUGAAACAGUGAGACAUGUGAUUACAAAUUUAGUUAUUCUUAUGGGACAUGAUCAAGAAUGGAAAGUUAGACACAAUGCACUGCUGGGGUUGAAAUAUGCUGUUGCGCUUAGAACAGAGGCAAUAGAUGAAUUAUUUGGAAUGGUUCUUCCUGCCAUAAUUAUGUGUUUAUCUGAUGAAGCUGGGUCUACAUCUGCCGAUGAUGUUAAAGCAGUUGCUGCUGAUUGUUUGGUUCCUAUUGCUGAACAUGUUAUGAGAAUGGAUAGAAAUUAUGUGAAUGGUAUCUUUUCAAUUUUAUGGGAUUCACUUAUUGAUAUGGAUGAUUUAUCAUCUUCAACAGCAAGUAUAAUGACAUUAUUAGCUAAAUUAUAUUCCAUUCCAAUGUAUGAACUUGUUCUUGCAGAUAGAUUACAUUUAUUGGUACCAAGAUUAUAUCCAUACUUGAGACACAAUAUUAUAACUGUGAGAAUGUCAGCAUUGGAAACACUUCAAGAGCUUAUUCAAAGAACUGAAAUUACAGCAAAUUCUUGGAUUCUUAAAGAAAAUGUGCUAAAACAUAUUAUUGCUCUUAUUUUCCAAAAUUUAAUUUUGGAUCCUAAAGAAAAUAUAGUAGAAAAGUCUUUGAUUGUUUGGGAAGCUUUCAUUAGACGUAUUCCAGAAGAUUACCUCACACCGAUCAUGGCGAGAUAUAUUGGUGCUUGGGCUUCUUUAAUGUCAACUCCAGUUGGAAAUAAUUUUGACCUUUCAUUAAUGACUUUACCAGAAGAAGUUUACAAUUCAAUUUCUAAUAGAUGGGGAGCAACAGAUUCUCUUAAGAGAAAAUAUGAUGGAUCUAAAUCAUUGGAUAACGCAGAAAAACAAACAUUCUCUAUGAGGUUACAAGUUUCAGAUAUGGAAGAACUCACUUUAAUGAGAAUUGCAACUUCAAAGGCUAUUGCACUUUUUACCAUAUCGAUAACUCAACCACAAAAUUUGAACGAACUUUUCACCACUUUUGACUUGUUGUUAAGAUCAGCAUUUGCACUUCACAAAGAAACAGCUGGUAUUUUACUUCAAAAUAUUUUCCAAACUUGUGGAGAAAGAAAUGUAACAUUUAAUUUACCAGAAACGGGUUUAAAUCUACUUUCUCAAAUAGUGGAUACUGUUAAUUUGAGUAAUAUGGUUGAAAUUCAACAUUAUUUCACACCACUGGUCACUGAAUGUAAUUACCUUCUUCAAUUUUAUUCAAAACUUGGCUGGGAUGUUUCUUCUUUUUAUUCAUAUAAUCAAGAAGGUCUUCCAUCUCUGAACAUGUCAACAGCUGUUGCACAAGAUUUGAUUGGGAAAUAUCGUGAAUAUUAUGCUCAACAUUUGGUUGAACAUCCAACACUUCUUCAAGAAUUGGAAACUCUUGCUGGUAGAGUCAAGACAGCACUUGAUACUUACUUUACAAAUUGGUUACUCAUUCAAAAUAGAGCAUUAUCAAUUUUGUCAUCUGCUUUAAUUUUCCAAGGAGGUGUUCCACAAAAAUCAGUUUUAUCUAAAAUGAUGGUUCAACUUCUUUCAACUGUGGAAAGUCAAGCAUCAAGUUUAACACUUCAAAAACUUGCAUGUAAAUCCAUUGCAAAAAUGUUAAUUGUUUGUAAGGAUUUAAUACCUCCACCAAAUUCAGCCAUUGUAAAGAAGCUUUUAGAUCUCUUAUCCAAGACAAUGCCAAAAAUAACUGUACACAAGGCAUUGGAAAAGGAAAAUGCUCAACCAAAUGAAGAAGAUGAAAUUAAUGAAUUGAAAGAUGCAGCUUCUCAAGUAGAUUCUACAAAAGAUGAUCCUUCUCAAAUAGCACAAAGAGGUGCUUCAAUUUCCUUGAAUGAAAUUGCAACAAUUUUCAAGGAGAGGCUAUUCAUUGAUCUCGAACCAUUAAGAAUGCAUACUCUUGAUGUAAUUUUCCAACAAGUUGAUUUUAGUUUAUUGAAUAAGACAAAUCCUCAACCACCUGAAAAGACUAUUGUUAAUGCACUUCAUAUAUUGAGAAGUAUUGUUCCAUCAAUUAAUUCUCAACUCUAUGAAACAUUAUCACAUGUUUUGGGUUCAAUUAUUGCAAAUUAUGUUCCACAUCAAGAUAUUGAAAUUAGAAAACAUGCAGCUCUUACAAUUUCAGAAAUUUGUUAUUAUAUGGAAGAACCAGCAUUGAUUAUUAUUGUAAAACAACUUGUACCACUACUUGCAAAUCCAACAAAUGUUUAUUCAAGAAGAGGUUCAUCAUUGGCAAUAUUUUCAUUAAUUUCAAGACUUGAAAUGAAAUGUUUACCAGCAGUUGCAUUCUUUGCAGUUCCACUUUUAAAGAGAAUGAGCGAUCAAGAUGAUGUUACACGUGAAAUUUCAUCAAAUUGUUUUGGUUCAGUUAUCAAACUUUUACCUUUGGAAAAAUCAGCCAUUCCACUUAAAGGGCUUGAAAAACAAUUAGCAGAAGAACAUGAAUUUAUUGAUCAACUUUUAGAUAAUUCUAAAGUUGUUCCAUUUGAUAUUCCAAUCAAAAUUAAUGCAGAACUUCGUCAAUAUCAAAAAGAUGGAGUUUCAUGGUUAGCAUUCUUGAACAAGUAUAAUUUACAUGGUAUUUUAUGCGAUGAUAUGGGUUUGGGUAAAACUUUACAAACAAUUUGUAUGGUUUAUAGUGAUAUUCAUAUGAGAAAGAUUCAAUUUCAACAAACUGGUAACCAAGAAUUUGUUCAUUUACCUUCAUUGGUUGUAUGUCCACCAAUUUUACUUGGGCAUUGGGCUGAUGAAAUUUCAAAGUUUUGUCCAGAUUUGAAAUCACUUCAAUAUUAUGGUUCAGUUGCUCAGAGAAAAUUAUGGAGAUCUGAAUUUCAUAAUCAAGAUAUUGUCAUUCUUUCUUAUGAUUUAUUAAGAAAUGAUAUUAAGGAUAUUGUUGCUUGUCAAUCAAAUUGGAAUUAUUGUAUUUUAGAUGAAGGUCAUAUUAUUAAGAAUAAGAAGACUCAAAUUACCAAAGCUGUUAAACAAAUUAAGGCUAAUCACAGAUUAUUACUUUCAGGUACUCCAAUUCAAAAUAAUGUUUUAGAAUUGUGGUCAUUAUUUGAUUUUUUAAUGCCAGGAUUUUUAGGAACAGAAAAGGAGUUUAAUGCCAAGUACAGUAAACCAAUUCAAUCAAGUAGAGAUGCUAAAGCAAAUUCUAAAGAACAAGCUUCAGGUACAAUUGCUUUACAAAAUUUACAUAGACAAGUAUUACCUUUCCUUUUAAGAAGAGUUAAAGAAGAUGUUUUACAUGAUUUACCUGAAAAGAUUAUUCAAGAUUAUUAUUGUGAUCUUUCACCUAUUCAAUCAAAACUUUAUGAAUUUUUUGCAAAGAAGGAAAUUUCCAAAGUUUCACAAGAAUUGAAGAGCCAACAAGAAGACAAAACCAAAGCCAAGGAAAUAUCUGAAAAUUCACAUGUAUUUAAAGCUUUGAAAUAUUUGAGAAAGCUUUGUAAUCAUCCAUGUUUGGUAUUAGAACCGGAUCAUCCAAUGUAUGAAUCUGUAACACAAGAAAUCAAACAACAAGGAUUAGAUGUUAGAGAUGUUAAUUUAUCACCAAAAUUAUUAUCAUUGAAACAACUUUUAAAUGAUUGUGGUAUUGGAGCGGGUAAUAGUGAUGUUGAUAGUUCUAAUCAACAUCGUGUUUUAAUAUUUUGUCAAUUGAAACAAAUGCUUGAUAUUAUUCAAAAUGAAUUAUUUGCUAAAUAUAUGCCAAAUGUAACAUUUAUGAGAUUGGAUGGUGAUGUUGAAACAACAAAGAGAUAUGAAAUUGUUACAAAAUUUAAUAGUGAUCCAACUAUUGAUGUUUUAUUAUUAACUACAAAGAUUGGUGGUUUAGGAUUGAAUCUUACAGGUGCAGAUACUGUAAUUUUUGUUGAACAUGAUUGGAAUCCAUCUGCUGAUUUACAAGCUAUGGAUAGAGCGCAUCGUAUUGGUCAAAAGAAAGUUGUUAAUGUUUAUAGACUUAUUACUAGAAACACUUUGGAAGAAAAGAUUAUGGGUUUACAAAAGUUUAAAACAAACAUUUCAAAGAGUGUUAUUAAUAAGGAAAAUAGUAGUUUAUCAUCUAUGGAUACAGAUCAAUUGGUUGAUUUGUUCAAUUUUUCAGGUUCAAAUGGAACAGAUUCAUCAUCUGCUGCUCAACUUGAAAAACCAAAGAAAUCUGGACUUGGACAACUUAUGGAAACAAUGGAAGAUUAUGAUCAAGAUAAGCAAUAUCAAGAUUUUAAUCUCAAUUCUUUUAUGAAUAAUCAGAGCAAACAUAAAUAAAUUAUUGAAGCAUUCCAAUUUUGAU